CCAGCAGCCCCCACGCCUCCUUCCGCCGCGCGGGGCGCCGGCCCCCACGCGUGUCCGCGCCCGCGCGGCUCCGGCAGCCAUGAGCUCAGCCUCGGGGCUUUUCCAUCCGGGCGAGCUGCCGGCCGGGAAUCGCCUUUCCCAGGAUUAGUUUGCACGUUUUGCAGCCGGCGGAGGGGGGUUUCGGCUCCCGCGAGCUGGAUGUCGGGGCGUCCCCGGCGCGGUUUCCUCCCCGACCGCGUCCUUGGCCCUGCAACCCGCAAAACUCGCUGCCGUUUGGGGCCGGCGGAAGGAUGUUUGCAGACGAGGUGCGGCCGCCGCCGUGCCGCAAACCGGUAGCGCGGCUUUGCCCUCCCCGGUGCCGGAUGCUUCCCGGACACGUCCGCUUUCGGGCGGGAGGCGACCCGGAGCCGGGAGCAGCUCGUCCCCCGUGAGCCGAGAGGCGCCGGCGAAGCCUUUUCUCGGUCGCGGGUAGCGGGAAGCAGCCGGGAUGGGAGCAGGAGACAGCAGCAGGCUGCUGGGCAAGCAGCCGCCGGGCUACGGGACGCUGCGGCCGGGCUCCGAGGGCGCCUGCAUGGAGGUCACCGGCUACCAGACGAGGCCGUGGCGAGUGGUGCUGUGCCACGCGUUCUCCGUGCUCACCGCGGGGCUCCCGCUCCUCGUCUUCCACUGGAAGCCGAGCCUGGAGGUGCGGGCGAAGGGCAAGCGCUGCGCGCUCGGCCAGGCCGACUGGGUCGUCAUCAGGGACCGCUUCGGACAGUGCUUCACCACGCGCGUGCGCACGGAGACGCUGGGCGAGGGCAGCCUGGAGCAUCACCCGGGGGCCCGGCUGGAGGACCGGAGAACCAGCGUCGCCAUCGGCAUGUCGGAGGAGGAGGAGAGCCGGGACACCAUCCGGCUUCAUGAGAAAGAGGAGAAGAACGUCUUGCGGUACUUUCUCUUCGAGGGCUUGCGCUACGUCUGGAUCGAGAGGCGACAGGCGUACUGCAAAGUCAGCGCCCUGGAUGAAGGCUGGACCUGCGCAGAUCUCCAUCUCGCCCAGGCGGGGCUUGACCAGCAAGACCACAACACCAGGAGGAAAAUCUACGGAGCGAACCUCAUCGAGGUGCCGGUGAAGUCCUACCCGAGGCUCUUGGUGGAGGAGGUGCUCAAUCCCUUCUACAUCUUCCAAGUGUUCAGCAUCGUGCUGUGGGUCUGCGACGCCUACUACUACUACGCCGCCUGCAUCUUCCUCAUUUCCACUGUCUCCUUAGGGCUGUCCCUCUACGAGACGAGGAAGCAAAGCGCCACGCUGCAGAACAUGGCGAAGAUGUCGGUCGGGGUCCGCGUCCGCCGCCCCGGCGGAGAGGAGGCGGUGGUGAGCUCGGCGGACCUGGUGCCCGGCGAUUGCAUCAGCCUGCCCUCCGACGGGAUGCUGGUCCCCUGCGACGCCGCGCUGCUGACGGGCGAGUGCAUGGUCAACGAGAGCAUGCUAACAGGGGAGAGCGUGCCGGUGAUGAAAACGCCUCUCCCGGCGGGCAGCCGGGCGGCCGACACCGUCUACUCCCCCGAGGAGCACAAGCGGCACACGUUGUUCUGCGGGACGCAGGUCAUCCAGGCCAAGUCCUACGUGGGCAAGGAGGUGCUGGCCGUGGUGACCCGCACAGGGUUUUGCACGGCCAAGGGGGACCUCAUCAGCUCCAUCCUCUACCCCAAGCCCGUGAGCUUCAAGUUCUACAAGGACGCCGUGAAGUUCGUGCUGUUCCUCGCCGUCCUGGCUUUUAUUGGCACGCUCUACAGCAUCUUGAUCUUGAUUAGAAACCAGGUUCCUCUGGAGCAAAUCAUCAUCCGUGCGCUUGACCUGAUCACCGUGAUUGUGCCCCCGGCUCUGCCGGCUGCCAUGACGGUGGGCACCAUCUACGCCCAGAACAGGCUGAAGAAACAGGGCAUCUUCUGCAUCAGCCCUCCCCGCAUCAACCUGUGCGGGAAGAUCCGCCUGGUUUGCUUCGACAAGACGGGAACCCUGACGGAGGAGGGCCUGGACGUCUGGGGCGUUGUCCCGCUGGAAAACGGCCGUUUCUUGCCCAUCGUCCACGAACCCCGCUGCCUGCCCGACGGCCCCCUGCUCUACUCGCUGGCCGCCUGCCACGCCGUCUCGCUGCUGCGGACGCAGCUCAUCGGAGACCCCGUGGACCUCAAGAUGGUGGAGUCCACGGGCUGGCACCUGGAGAUGCUGGAGGAGGACGAGGACGAGCCGCCCGUCUUCCGGCAGUUUGGGACGAAGGUCUUGGCCGUGAUGACACCUCCGCCCGUGGAAGAGCAGCCGCGAGACACGAAGCACCACGUGCCCGUGGGCAUCCUCCGGCGGUUCCCCUUCUCCUCCUCCUCGCAGAGGAUGAGCGUCCUGGCGAAGCUGCCCGGCGAGGCCUCCGCGGAAGCGUACGUCAAAGGGGCGCCGGAGAUGGUGGCCAGCCUCUGCAGGAAGGAGACGGUGCCCGUGGAUUUCUCCCAGAUGCUGCGACACUACACCACGGACGGUUUCCGCGUCUUGGGUCUGGCUUGCAAAGCUCUGAGCGCUGUGACGACCUUCGAGGAGGCCCUGCAGCUGACAAGGGACUCUGUAGAGAGCAGCCUGACCUUCCUCGGGUUCCUCGUCAUGAAAAACGUGCUCAAGCCGGAGACGGCGCCCGUGAUUCGCCUGCUGAGGAACGCCAACGUCCGCCCCGUCAUGGUGACAGGAGACAACAUGCUGACGGCCGUGAACGUCGCCAAGAGCUGCUGCAUGGUGGAGCCGAAAGAGCGGCUGAUCUUCGUCGCCGCCUCGCCGCCCGCCCCCGACAAACCCGCCGCCCUGAAAUUCGUCCUCGCCGAACACUCGCAGGGCGAAGGGCAGCCGCAGGGCCUGUCCCAGCAGGACAACUGCUUCCUCCAGCAGCAGCCCUGCCACUUCGCGCUCAACGGCAAGUCCUUUGCUGUGGUUUGCGAGCACUUCGCCGACCUGCUGCCGAAGAUCCUCAUCCGAGCAACCAUUUUCGCUCGCAUGUCUCCGGAGCAGAAGACUCAGCUGGUGUGCAGCCUGCAAGAGCUCAACUACUGCGUGGGGAUGUGCGGGGACGGCGCCAACGACUGCGGCGCCCUGAAAGCGGCCGACGUGGGGAUCUCGCUCUCGGAGGCGGAGGCCUCCGUGGCCUCGCCUUUCACCUCCCGCGUCGCCAACGUCGAGUGCGUGCCCGUGGUCAUCCGGGAGGGCAGGUGCUCGCUGGUCACCUCCUUCGGGGUGUUUAAGUACAUGGCCCUGUACAGCUUGGUGCAGUUCGUGUCCGUGCUGCUGCUCUACACGAUCAACACCAACCUGAGCGACUUCCAGUUCCUCUUCUUCGACCUCAUCAUCACGACCACGGUGGCGGUGCUGAUGGGUCGGACGGGCCCUGCCAAGGAGCUGGGAGUGGAACGUCCCCAAGGGGCGCUGAUAAGCGUCCUGGUCCUGGGCAGCCUGCUGCUCCAGACGGCCCUGCUCAUCACCGUGCAAGUCCUCAGCUACUUCAUCACCGUCUCGCAGAGCUGGUACGUGCCGCUGAACAGCACGGAGACGGCCCCCCAGAACCUGCCCAACUACGAGAACACGGUCCUCUUCUGUGUCACGGGCUUCCAGUAUCUCAUCCUGGCCGUCGCCAUGUCCAAGGGAUACCCUUUUCGGGAGCCGCUCUACACCAACGUGCUGUUCUUGCUGGUCCUCGUCGUCCUCUUCGGCCUCAUGGUGUGGUUGACCCUGUACCCGCUGGGCUUCCCCAAAACCCUGCUGAAGCUGCAGAGCAUCGACGACUUGAAUUUCAAGCUGCUGCUGCUAGGAAUCGCCACGCUCAACUUCUUCGCGGCCUUCGUGCUGGAGACCGCCCUGGACCACGGCCUGCUUUGCUGCCUCCGCAAGCUGCGCCGCAAGAAGGUGUCCAAGAAGCUUUUCAAGAGGCUGGAGAAGGAGCUGAGCCAGCAGCCGUCGUCCUGGCCGCCCCUUAACGAGCCGCUCUUCGCUACGCCCAAGCUGUCCAUCGCCGUGAGAUAGCCGCGGGCGGCACGCGCCGGGCCUCCCUCCUCCCUGCUCCGCAGGCAAGCUCUGCCCUCGGCUGCCGUCGGUUAUUUAUUUAUCCCGAUGCCAACGUUGGCCGCGGGCGUCUGCGCGGUGACCCCAAAGGAGAUGUGCGUCCUGGGCAAGGAUGCUGCAGGAAGCUCAGGACCGGCCGCGCAGCUCGUCUUCCCGCGGGAAACCCACGGCCGACGCCGCAGCCGUGUCGGAUCGGGCUCAGACCGCGAGGAGCCCAUGGAAGACGCUCGGGCCGGUCUGCCCAAACCUCAUGGAGAAGCAAACCAUGGAGAGGGCGUCCAGAAGAGGAGGAGAAACCAGCUCAGCUUUUUCCCCUCCUGCCUCGCGCUCUCCUGGCUCAUCAAAACCACUAAGGAAGAGGUGUCUUUGCUGAUGGCAUCGUCUCCGGCCCUGACCUCGCGGCUCUGCUCACUGUGAACCCACCGCCCUUCUUCGCAGAGGGGCUCGAGAGUAUUUAACGCAGCAUCGAACUGACAACGCGCGUGGAUAUAUCCGUGUUUUUGUCCGUUGGAGCGGCUAGAGCCAUUCGCUCCGCUCGAACGCGCCGGCGAUGCUUCUGCAGCGUCCGUCCGCUGUCGGACGGGAGCUUUGUAGCAUUAAAGAAGCCUAAAUCUCUAUUUUUUAACCCCUUUGCCACGCGCCGAGGCGGGAGAGCGGCACGCGGCUUUCGGGUUUCGGACGGUGCUGUCGUGAGCGCGGCUAAUAAAUUAACGCUAUUUUCUCGA